GAGGCAGGCGGCGGGAACGCGCUGGGAAUCCGGAACCCCAGUUCUGAUUUUCUUUCGCCCUAGUCUUUGCCGCCUUCUGGCUCUCUCCCAGGCGCAUUGGAGCUAGGAGCUCAGUGCAGCGACGAACCGCGUGGACCUGAGGCUGUCCGGGCGGCCCCCAACCGCCUGCCUAUCUUUCUCCCUCGCCAGGAUUCCUGUCUAGUCAUGACGAGAUUCUGGGUCUGCGUAGCCGGCGCUGGCUUCUUUCUUGCGUUUCUGGUUUUGCAUUCUCGAUUUUGUGCCUCUCGGCUCCCGUUACCUCUUCACUUUGCUUUUAAAACUUCCUGGAGAGCUGAGGAAGCCCUUUACCAGCUGGAUGUGGAUUGGCCUAAGUAUUCAGAAUACUUUACUGGAGCAACAUUUUGUGUUGCAGUUGACUCCCUCAACGGAUUGGUUUACGUAGCCCAAGUGAAACAAAAGAGAGAGAGUGAGAUGCUGAGAGACCAGAACUGCUUUCUUGCCCAGAGUAGAAGAUCUGCAGAAACUGCUGGUGUUAAUGUUUCUGAAAUCCCCCUGACUUCAGCACGUCUGAAACCUGCCUUCUGUCGAAUAUUUUUAGUAGAAUGUGCUGCAAAACAAAGACUCUACGGUCAUACUAUUAAAAAAUACAGUUCCUUUGGUGAUCUUGUUCAAGUUUUGGGUACCCCAGGCAAAAAAGGCACUGGUUUAAAUCCCCUGCAGUUUGAUAACCCUGCAGAAUUAUAUGUGGAAGACACAGGGGAUAUUUACAUUGUGGAUGGAGAUGGAGGAUUGAAUAACAGGUUGAUCAAAUUGUCCCAAGGUUUCAUGAUCCUUUGGCUACAUGGAGAAAAUGGGACAGGGCCUGCUAAGUUCAGCAUUCCUCACAGUGUUACAGUUGAUUCUGAUGGUCGGGUGUGGGUGGCGGACCGAGGCAAUAAAAGAAUUCAGGUGUUUGAUAAAGACACGGGGGAGUGGCUAGGAGCUUGGAAUAAUUGUUUCUCCGAAGAGGGACCUUCUGCAGUCAGAUUGACUCCCGACGGGAAGUACUUGAUCGUAGCCCAGCUGAAUCUGAGCCGGCUCUUAGUCGUGGCCGCGCCCCCGGUAGGAAGCAUUGGCGACUGUUCGGUGAUCAGCACGGUCCAGCUGGCGGAUCAGGUCUUGCCUCAUCUCUUAGACAUCAGUGGGAAGACUGGAGCCAUCUAUGUAGCAGAAAUUGGAGCAAAACAAGUACAAAAGUACGUCCCUGUGAAUAGCUAUUUCUCUUCAUUCGGUUCGUAACUGUUUCUUUCCCUGAAGGUCUUUCAAGUGGAAGUUCAGAUUCUCUGGGCCAUUCUUGUGACUUCGUUUCACACAUGAGUGCAUAAGGAUACUUUAAUGAAAGAAACGUAACUCUAAUGAAAAAUGGGAUGGGAAAGCGGGACUAAGGUGGUAACCCAGUAAUUUGCCCUAUAGACUCAUUCUCCCUGGCGGGGGAAAACACAGGAAUAAAAAUGGGUUUGCAGGAUAAUUUAUUGAAUUUCACAUAAACAACACAAACCUUCACUUUAUUCACUUAGUAAAAAAUGAACUGCUUGAGAGAUGGGGUCAGAUGGGGUCUUGAUUAACGAGAACGCGCAGAGUGCCAGGUCCUGAAGAUUCAGGAAUGAGGAGGCAGGGUUGUCUGUGUGCCUUUGAGGAGCUUGUAGUCCACAAAACACGGCAACAGCAACGCACCAGGGAAGUAGGACUUUCAGAAGGAGGGGUGUUAUGUCUGAAUCAUGGAGACUUUGCAGGGGAGUCCGUUUGAGCUCUGACUUGAAAAACUGAGGAGGAGAGAACGACGUCCAGGUACAGAUGUUAAGAAAAGUGCAAGCUUGCUGUGAACUUUGGUAGACUUUAUUUUACAGGCCCAACUGGCUUUGGUCCUUUAGCUGUAGGAUACGUAGUUUCAUCCUUUAAGUGUAGGAAUAAACUGGCUAGCGUCUAAGCACUUUAUUGAAAGGGGUUUUUACAAAUAACUGGAUUGGUUUUUCAAGGUAGCUUUAAAAAUAGUUCCUCUCAGUGCCGGCACCUUCCUUCCUUCCUUCCUUCCUUCCUUCCUUCCUUCCUUCCUUCCUUCCUUCCGUCUUUUUUUUUACAUGAACUCUGUCCAUUUCUAACAUUUGUCUACCUCAAGGAAGUUUUAGAAUUAUUUAUGGGAGCCAAACACUUGGAGCUAUUAAGAUGAAGAAUUUCCUACCUUUCUAUUUCUAUGUCUCUUUUUUACCCCUUUGAAUAUUGGCCUCCCAAUUAAGACCAUUUGUUCAGUUUGUUCUAGUUCAUUCUAGGUUUGGAAGGAACCUUGCCAUAUUACAACCUUUCAGAUCAUUCUUUGCCUUUUCUCGUAUCAGCCUCCGUCUUUAUCUCAGUGUUUUACUGUAAAUUGUACGGCAAGUGAGAAAUCUUGAGCUGACUGUCCUCAUUACCUGUUAGGACUGGCGUCUGUUUUCCAGACCUCGAGGAACUUACACUUUUGUCAUAUCUUGAUGCAGUUAGGAAGGUAAAUCUACCAACAGGAAACUCUCUCCUGUGUUCCAAGGCCAUUGAUGUGUGUUUGGGCCACUGGUCAAGCUGUGUGAUCUAAGUGAGUUGCCUUAGUUUUCUCUUCAGUGAAAUGGGAACAUCAUUGCCUUUCCUCCCUCAGGAAGGCUGUGAGGAUCAGAUGUGCAAUAGGUACAAAUGUGCCCUUUGAAAUCUGUAGCUCCAAGUGCAUUAAAGUCAUCUUAUUAGCAAGGGUCCUACUAAAUGUGCUAUUUACCUGAUACCAGCUAUCAGUUUUGCCUUAAUUUUGCAUUUAUUGCUUUUUUUCCACAACGUAUCCUCACAAACGUUAUGCAGUUUAGCCAAAUCGACUUGGAUGAAAGGAAGUAAUUUGAGUUUUUAUUGGUUUUGUUUCCAAGCCAGGACAAGAAGUGCAAAUGUCUCUUUGAAAGAAUAUAGGUUAGAUUUUGUCAUUUCAAAAAUGUUGUAUUUUACUUUAUUUUAUACCAGAUUUUUAUACAACUUGCUGAAAGUAUUGUUUCCAUGUGUCCUGCUAAAAGUGUUUAUUUUAUUAGC